AUGGCAGGACAGCAACUCGACAAUGGCAUGGAUGGUGCUGCAAAUCCUUUGGGGGCUGCUCUAUUGCGGGCAAUCUGUACUGGUAGCGUGGAACUGGUCGGUGCAUUCAUCUAUGCUGGAGCCAACGUCAACUUCAGGGACACAUAUGGAUUCGGGCCAAUGCACUACGCGGCACGUUAUGGAUCGCCUGGUAUCAUUCGACUGCUUAUUCGAACUGGCGCAUCCGUCGACGACCACGACCGCAAAGGAGAGUCGCCUUUGACGCACGCUAUCCAGGCUGGCAUAUGUGAUCUAGCAGAGUGCUUCAUCUGCUUGGGUGCCGCACUUCAAGAAGAUCACAUCGCUCAUGCAAUCAGUGCCGGCGACCGAUCUGUUCUCGAGAUGCUGCUCAGGUACUGGAGACGAUCCGGCAGGCCCGACGAGACAUUGGAUCCAUCCCUGCUCGCAGCCAUCAAACAGCGGGAUAGACGCGUCGUUGACGUUCUCCUUCGCAAUGGUGCACAUGCCUCGGCGGAAGACGAUGCAGGAAACACUGCUUUGACACUGGCAGUCGAGACAGGUGACAAGGAGAUCGCCCAACUACUGCUAGAUUAUGGCGCACAGCCCGACUGCUCACCGGGUAUGCAGUACAACCUCCUUGUGGACGCGCUGAAGUAUCGACAUCUCGCAAUGGUGGAACUAUUACUGUCCAAGGAAGUUGUCUGA